AUGCUGCUCAAAACCGUCCUCCCCAAACGACCCCAACCCAUCAACUCCCUCCGCACCAACAACCUCACCCACCACCACCCUCGCCAACCAACAUGCAUUCCGCGACGCACUCUCAUCCCCGCCCCCGGCCCUAACACCGGGCCCAUCAUGGAACGCCGCGCCGACCGCGAACUCCCCCAGAUCCAAAACAGCCGGGGCUGGCUCAAAUCAAUCCCCAUCUUCGUGGUGACGGUCGGCGCGGCCAUGCUCGGCAUCUUCAAUUACCAAAAGUCCACCUCCAGCGUGGUCAGCAGUACGCUGUAUGCGCUGCGCACGUCGCCGCAGGCGCGCGAGAUCCUGGGCGAUGAGAUUUACUUUGCGCAGCAGAUUCCGUGGAUCAGCGGGGAGAUGAACCAGUUGCAUGGACGGAUUAAUAUCUCGUUUUGGGUGAAAGGGACCAAGGGUCAGGCGAAGAUGCGGUUUAAGAGUGUGAGGCCGGAUCGGAUGAGUUAUUUCCGGACCGAAGAUUGGAGUCUCGAGACCGAGGAUGGAACGGUGGUGCAAUUGCUGGAUAGCAAGACGGAUCCAUUCCGCCAGGAAUGA